GGUUGUGAUUCUCGUAUGAGCAGUGAGUACUGCAGUAGACGAGCUCGAAGAACUAGGCAAUGAAACCGUAUCGUCCGGACAAGUCCGUCAGGUUCGACUCUCGACUCUCGUGAUAGGGUUUCUGCGCUACUGCUGACAUCUAGGUGAUAUUUCUCGAAUUCGUCUGAAUGGAGGAAAAUUGAGAAUGGAAGAGGUUUUUGAUGAGAUCGAGAUGAAUUUUUAUUUCGUCUUGGAGAAUCUUCUGAAGUGCCAGCAAUUUUGAUUGUUCUGAUAUCUGGAGCUGGAGAUUUAGCAAUUAAAUUGAGAGUGUUCUGUCAAAAAAAUUGAGAUGGCGGUCAGGGGAGUGUGGCAGCUCAAGAAACUGGUUCUGUAUUUCUGUGAUCAUUCUGGUAGCAGUCGCGGAGCAAGAGAAUUUGUGGAGUCCAUCUUGCCGAAGUUCAAGCUCGAAAACCCCCAGUUGGAAGUCUUAACUGAGCUUCAUCGCGGCAGACAUCCUCAUCUGAAAGGACAUUUCGCGAACAAGAAUGAGAGAGUGGUGGAUGUGAAGAAUCUCGAUUCUCAGGAGGUGGCCUUGCAGGCAAUGCGCCUUCGCAAUUCUACAGGGCGGAAAGUUGUAAAGCUCAAAACGAGGCACGUGACCUUCCGCCCUAGCGUGCAAGGCACCUGGACACCAGAUAUUAAGUUUUGAAUUACGCUUUUGUAAGCCUUUGCAUAUCCUAGGCACAACCCCGACAGGUAGGGCAUUCUUAUGCAUCUAAAGGGGUUGUGUGGUUGCGCUGAAUCCUCACCGUGGUGUCGGAUGAGCGGGGUUUGGUUGGUCAAAAGACCAUCGUACAGGAGCACAACUGGAGUUUCCGUCUAGCUCAUAGACAUUUUAUUUUCUCUGUUAUUAAUGGAUCUUUAGCUAAUCAUGGAGAAUCGAUUUCGCAACAUGAAAGCUCAUCACUCACUCUUCGUGAAAGGUCUUUCUUUUUGUCGGGUUUAUAUCUUGCACCCGUCCAAGUCUUGCCUCUUGCCUCACAAGCAUCUUCAACAAAGUAACAAUCUCUUGUAUGCGGUUCCUAACGC